AGGAAACUUCCAAGAACCAACCAACCAACCAAGCCGACCCAAUCCAUCUUCUUCGCCGCUAUUUCUUUACUUUUACCGCUUACAACGCAUGGUCUUCUCCCUCCACUCACUUCUCUUUCUUUUCUCUUUACUCACCCAAUACUUCACUCUUUUGCUUAAAAGAUAGAUGAUGGAGAUGGGAUAGGCGUUGAGUGAUACUGCAUUUGCCUCAGAAUUGAAGCUUGAUAGGUUUUUCCUUUCCUGCUAUUUUCAUUGUUGAUUACUUUCUACUUCUGAUCACAACUUGGUAUGGAAAUGGGCCUUUCUAUGUGAAACUGGUACCACUUUUCCAAAAAAGCUGGCCAUUGUUUUAAUCUUAAUAAUAGCACAUAAUCAACUGAGUUUAAACCUGUUAUUUGUUUCAAAAUUAUGUUUAAUAUCUGCGAAAAUACAUUAUUGUUAUUUACAGUUAACUUGGUUCUUUGCUGCAUUCAUGUUCGCAUAUGUUGAAUCUUGCAGAAUAUAUAUCAAUUAUAGAGCUGAUGGGUGGCAUAAUAUCAAAACGAUCGACCACAUCACAGUCCUCAUCUGUAGCUUCUAAUUCAUAUUCAUGGGAUUCUCAUAGAUAUGCACAGCCAUCAUAUGCUCCCUCAGGCCAAGACUAUGUUCCAGAGCAGCGUUAUGCCCCUCCAUAUCACAGCUACGGCGGUUAUGCCCCAGAGUCGAAGAGGAGGUUGGAGAGAAAAUUUUCGAAGAUAGAUGAUAACUACAACAGCUUGGAGCAGGUCACUGAUGCCCUGGCCCGUGCUGGCCUGGAGUCUUCGAAUCUUAUUGUUGGCAUUGAUUUCACUAAGAGCAAUGAGUGGACAGGUGCAAGAUCAUUCCACCGAAGAAGUCUACACCACAUUGGAGAUGAGCAAAAUCCAUAUGAACAGGCAAUAUCCAUUAUUGGAAAAACAUUGUCUUCCUUUGAUGAGGAUAAUUUAAUUCCUUGUUUUGGAUUCGGAGAUGCAUCAACACAUGAUCAAGAAGUAUUCAGCUUCUAUCCGGAUGAGACCUUUUGCAAUGGAUUUGAAGAAGUGUUGAGACGAUACAGAGAAUUAGUCCCUAAUCUGAAACUUGCAGGUCCAACGUCAUUUGCUCCUAUAAUUGAAAUGGCCAUCACCAUUGUUGAGCAAAGUGGUGGGCAAUACCAUGUGUUGCUGAUAAUAGCCGAUGGGCAGGUGACUAGAAGUGUUGAUACAGAGCGUGGCCAACUAGGCCCACAAGAAACAAAAACAGUGGAAGCAAUAGUAAAAGCAAGUGAGUAUCCCUUGUCUAUUAUUUUAGUCGGAGUUGGAGAUGGACCAUGGGACAUGAUGAGAGAAUUUGAUGAUAACAUUCCUGCCCGUGCCUUUGAUAAUUUCCAGUUUGUGAAUUUUACGGAAAUAAUGUCGAAGAAUAUGGAUAGGUCCCGAAAAGAGGCAGAGUUUGCUCUUUCAGCAUUGAUGGAAAUUCCGUCUCAGUACAAAGCAACGCUGGAGCUCAACAUAUUGGGUAAUACCAGGGGGAAGGCUAUUGAUAGGGUUCCUCUUCCCCCUCCUCUUUAUGGUGCGGGAUCUUUUAGCAACUCGAAACUUUCGUGGUCAAGUGGUUUUCAUCCAAGUGCACCUUCUUCCGCUAGACGUGAAGCACCAGUCCAAACCGCUCCUCCUGCAAGUUCUGCUUCAGAUAAUCAUCUAUGCCCUAUUUGCAUUUGCAAUGCAAAGGAUAUGGCCUUUGGUUGUGGACAUCAGACCUGUUGUGAGUGCGGACAGGACCUUCAGUUGUGUCCCAUCUGCCGAGGCACCAUCGAUACGAGAAUAAGACUCUAUUAAGCAUAAUAUGCUUUGCCUGGACUUGCUUAUGCUCUCUCUAUCGUCCAGCAUUCCAAGAGUAAGUCCUUUAAGUUUAUUGUGCAAAAGGCUUCAUAGUUGGCCAUGAUUGGAUGCGCAUUGGAUCUUUUCUUUAGAGAGAUUGGGCACCCAUCAUAUAUGUAUCCAAAGUUUUGUACAUAGUUGUGGAUUUCAUCGAACUAAAAAACUUAGUCAUAUAGCAUUAUCUAUUUCAGUAGAUCAUAUUGUUGUAAUGUAAUCAGGCACAGAACACCUGGGAACAGACAUGUCUCAUUGUCGGAUUAGCAUCCGUGCCACAUGCCAACUGUAAUCUGUAAUGUUUUUCAUGCCGUGAGAAUGCAUUUUCAGCCCCCAUUUAUUAACUAAUAA